AUGGCACCUGCAUACCCGAUUUGGGCCCAAUCACCGGCUCACAUACAGUACUAUGGUCAGCCUCGAGGAGGAACGAUGGUACCGAACGAGACUGGAGGGCUGUAUCGACGACCCUCACGAGGUCCUGUUGCUGAGCCACGCCGUGAUGACUUGUACGAUGAUGACCGCAAAUGGCGCUCCUCAUAUAGACAGUCUUCUCGAAGGCCACAUCAAGACCGGAGCUCGAGCAGUCACAGUAGCUACAGCUUGAGCCGUAGCAGCAGUCGAAGUCGAAGUCGAAGCCGCAGUCGAAGCCGCAGUCGAAGCCGCAGCCGAACACGAUUCUCGCCACAUGAAGAUCCGACCCGCCCGAAAGACAAGUACACAAUGGCGAAAGCCUUGAAGUCGGCGGCUAUUGGUGCUGGGCUUGAAGCCAUCCGAGCUCGCAACGAGCCAGGACCUUGGAUGGGUCAGAAAGGAAAACGUCUCGCGCUUGCAGCCGCAAGUGGAGUCGCGGUGGGAUCUGUUCGUAAUGGUUCCCUGAAAAGUGCAGGCUUCCUACCUUAUGCCGAGGCUUUGUGCACUGGCUUCUUCGCUGUCGAGUGGUACAAGAAGAUCGCUCGGCACACCAACCACGAACGGAAUGCGUACAAAGAGCAGAAGGAGUGGAGAGAUGCGCAGAGGAGAAGUCGUAGCAGGCGAGAUGACAGGCAUCAUUGA